UUUUUUUUUCUCUCUCCUUUUUAACUGUAAUGGCUUUUGCUAUUCCUGUGAUUGUUGGUGCUCCCAUUGGUUAUUUCACUUGGAGUCUUGUUUGUCAACAUGUAGAUUAUCAAGUAGCUAAACUAUGUUACAGUAAUAUGCCCACUCAAAAAGAUGCUGAUAUGACGAUAUCCCAACAACUUGAACAUUAUCCAACACGAUCGCUCACAGCAUCCAUGGCAGGUUCGGUGAUUUCCUUUGGUGUACUCGGCAAGACCAUGUUUCCAGAACGUACACGACAUCGUCUCUUUUUUGCUAAAGCACCUCCUCAAGCCAACCUACGGAUAGAAACAUUGAAACUCGGGAUCGAAUUAUUAGCGCGUUGUGGGGUGGUUUUUUAUGGAACAGCAGUGGUUGGGGCUAUCACUGGACGUUUGGCAGUAGCAAACUCUUCACCCAAGUCAGGUCAAUAGACA